CUUUGGUGUGGUGAUUACGCGUUGACGUGGACGUAGCUCGUGUGUAUGUAGACGGACGGGGCCGCCAACGUCACUGCCCCUGUCGAGCCGCCGCGGUUCCGCAGCUCUCAGCAGCCCAAUCCGCCCACAGCUCGCGGCUGCACACAACCACCACCGCCCACCAUGCCGCCGAACCGCAUCGAACAAGACGAAAUCGAAAAGUACUGGGAGAUCUUCAGCUCCCUCGCCAACGGCGGCACACACCUCGACGGCACGCAGGCAGCGCCCGUGCUCAAGAACUCGCACCUCCGCGACGACCAGCUCGAGCGCGUGUGGGACCUCGCCGACGUCGACAACGAUGGCAAGCUCGACUUCGAGGAGUUCUGCGUCGCCAUGCGCCUUAUCUUCGACCUGAUCAACGGCGUCUCCUCGGACGUCCCGCAGACGCUGCCCGACUGGCUGGUUCCGGAGAGCAAGGCACACCUCGUGCAGGCCACGCGCGCCCUGAGCGGCGGCCAGCAGUUCGAGCAGGUCGAGGAUGACGAUGACACGCCUGGCCUGCGCGCCGGCUUCGACUGGUACAUGUCGCCCAGCGAUAAAUCCAAGUACGAGGAGAUCUACUCAGCCAACCGCGACGGCCACGGCAACAUCACCUUCGACUCGCUCGCCCCGCUGUUCGAGUCGCUCGACACCGUCCCCGACUCCGACGUGCGCUUCGCCUGGAACCUCGUCAACCCGGCCGCCCGCGACGCCAUCGGCAAAGACGCCGCCCUCGCCUUCCUCCACAUCCUCAACCAGCGCAGCGAGGGCUACCGCGUCCCGCGCUCCGUGCCGCCCAGCCUGCGCUCCUCCUUCGAGAAAGCCCACAUCGACUACGACGUCUCGCACGCGGGCCAGAACCGCUGGGCCACGGCCUCGGACGACUCGACCGCCACCGGCCGCAAGCAGAAGUUCGGCGACGCGUACCUGACGCGGCUGGGCGUGGGCGACCGCGCGCAAACAUACGGCGCCCGCAAGGCCACCGAUUUCGGCGGCCGCACCACCGAGGACUGGGAGGAGGUGCGGCUGAAAAAGCAGCUCAAGGAGCUCGAGGCCAAGAUGGCGGAUGUCGAGAAGGACGUGCAGGCGCGCCGGCACGGGCGCGCCAAGGACAGCACGCCCGCGCUGGUCAAGCGCGAGCUGGAGUCGCUGCUGGACUACAAGCGAACUGUGUUGCGCGACCUGGACAACGACGAGGGCGGCGCCGUCAAGGGGCUCGGCGGGAUACGCGAGGAGAUUGACACGGUGCGGGAGCAGGUUGAGGGGCUGGAGGCGCAUUUGCAGCGGCGGCACGAGGCGCUAGAUGAUCUGAGGCGGCAGAUUGACGACGAGAAGGCGCGGUAGGAGCCGUGAAGAGGGGACACAGCAGUGAUUGUGAAGAGCGGAGCAGCGGUGACUGCAGAGCUGCGUGCGGCAAGACGAGGGGGCGUAUAGACACAUACUAAUAGACACAUCAUCUGGUCCCAACCACAAACCGUCCGUCCAUUCGUCCACCUAUCCUCCGUCCUUCCACCACCCUCUUCAGCACCCAGCACCCCUAU